UCACAGUCCAGAGUCCAAAAUCCAAAUCCACAGAGAGAAAUAGAAAGUUCUUUUUCUAAAAGAAAAUGUGGAGGGAAAGUACCUCAGAGUUUGACGACAUGGCUUUUCUGGAGUCAAUUCAACAGUUUCUUCUUAACGAUGAUUUCCAGACCUUAGCGAGUAUUCCAGAGUUUAAUUCCAGUGAGGAAUCGAGCUUCUCUAGUAGUCCUCAUUCAACUGAUACCUGCAAUCAUUUACCUUCCAAAUUAGUUAACGAUCCUUAUGAGAUGAGCAUUUGCAAUGCUUUAGCUGAUAAUGAAUGGAGCUUUUCGUGGAAUCCGGUAAAUCAAUUUGAUUCCACGGCGCUUGCUGCUAAAGAGGCGGAACUUUAUGAUGUGAUCGCUAGUCCAGAACCAGAGGUUGUUUCUGAGCCUGAGGUCAGUAUUCCAAAAGUUGCGGCGGCGCGUAAGAACAACUCAGAUUGUAAAGGAUGGCAAUAUAGAGGAGUAAGGAGAAGACCAUGGGGAAAAUAUGCUGCGGAGAUUAGAGACCCUAAGAAAAAUGGAGCUAGGAUAUGGCUAGGAACUUACGAGACACCUGAGGAUGCGGCUCUUGCUUAUGACCAAGCUGCAUUUAAGAUGCGUGGUUCUAAAGCUAAGCUUAAUUUUCCUCACCUGAUCGGCUCUGCUGAUUACCAGCCUCCGGUUAGAGUGAGCCCUAAGCGGCGAUCCUCGGAAAUGGAAUCUACAUCGUCUGAAGAUGGAUCACCUAAGCGGAGAAAAUGAAAUGUUUUGUUUUUUCUUUUUCUGAUUUUAGUUUUUAGAGAAAGUAAAUACACCCAACUGUGGCUUGGGAAAAUCGGUUUGAAAGUUGCCGACAGAGUUCGGUAGAUUUAGCUGUUUUGGUCUCUCUUAUUAAUUAAUAAUUAGAUAAUAAUUUUGUAUUGGAAAGAAAUGAAAGUUUUUAGCUAUCUAUAUUAUAUAU